GCUCAUGUAGGGAAAAUACACGGAGAAAAAGCAUAAAUGAGACACUGUUAGUUCAGUCUUGCUAAAUCUAGACCUCGGCCAAGGACUGGACAAAACUCUGUUGCUGAGCCAUUUUAAAAGGUUUUGCCAGGCGUCUAAGCCACUGCCCAAGGGACCUAAUCACUUUGGAUAUGGAGUUUAAGAUACAGACACUCUGGGAUGGUGGUAGCAUAGAUCAUGACCCUGUUGUCAUAAAGCUGGAGGGAAGCCCUUCUGGAUUGAUCAUGACUGUCGACGCCCCCUUCUUUGAUGACCCUAAGCCCAUGGGAGGUGUGGCAGGGCAACCAUACCCAGAGCUUUGGAAUUAUGAGGUUGUGGAGGCAUUCUUUUUGAACGACAAAAAUGAAUACCUUGAAAUGGAAUUUUCCCCGCAUGGUCAACACCUUUUGUUAUUGCUAGAUGGGUACAGACAUCCAAUACAGGAUAAAUUACCUUUGGAGUAUCAAGCUACAAUUGAGGAUAAAAAGUGGCAGGGAAGGGCUGUCAUACCCGCUGGUUACUUCCCAAGCCAAGUGUCCAAGAUGAACUGCUAUUCUAUUCACGGUGUUGGCGAUAAAAGAACAUACGAGUCACUGUAUCCAACACCCAAGGGAAAGUACUCUGAACCAGAUUUCCAUAGGUUGGAGUACUUCCAGCCCAUAAACCUGAAAGCUUUGCUGCCUGACAACACUGAACCAGACCCAAAGUACUGGAAGAAGAAAUAAACAGACGUGAAAAAACAAGAAGUUGGCAAUUCAAAUUUUGAUCAAAUGUUUAUUUUAAAGCGCCAUUUGGAGACAUAUAUCAGCAUUGUUUACAUAUGGACUGGCAUAUUUCUGUGCAUCUAUACAUAUAUAUAUACACUGUACGGUUAUAUAGUCUCAUUCAAAAUACCUCCCAGAAGCAGUUUUCUUAUGUGCAAAGCAAAAUGAAAUAGUUCUGAACCAAGUGGAGGUCACUCAGAUCAGGUCUUUGUUGAACAGGCAUAGAGUGCAAUAACAGAAAGAAUAGUCUUUAGUUCCAUAAUAUUGUACAAUAUAGCACAGCUGUCAGCAGAUGUGUGACCUAAAAUAUUUGCAUUCUGUUACAUGCCAUCAGAAAAGUUAAGUAUAGUAGUUGUUAGUCGCUAGAUGCUGUUUUUUUUACACAUUCUUUCAGCUGCCUUGCAUAGUUUCAAAAACUCUGAUAAUGUGCUCAUAUCAAUGUAGCUGUGCCUAGUACAAACUCUAUAGCAACACAGUAUGAACAAGAACACGAUUCAGUAUGCAUAUAUGUAGAAAGUACAUAUA